UUUGGGUGAGCACGUUGUAAUCAGGGUGAUAGAAUCGCCGACAGUGGAACAAAAGGCUAGCGGAAGUCUGAGGACUGCAACAUUCUGGGGAAUAAAGGGCUGUGGAACGCUGAGGUCUGCAACAUUCUGGGGAAUAAAGGACUGUGGAACGCUGAGGUCUGCAACAUUCGAGGGGGAAGGAUAAAGGAUUGUGGAAUUUUAAGACGGAACGUUCGGACGGACAGACAGAUAGACAGACAUUCUAAGAACUUCACGGCGGGAGCACCGUGAGCUGCUCGUGGGCUUUCUGUUGAGGUUGAAGCGGCCUCCCCGGAGCACGGGCUGAGCAAUCCUCAUUCUUAUUAAGUGUGCUGCAGUAGUGCAGUCGGUUAUCAUUAAUAGAAGGAUUUGUGCAGUUUCCUCAUAUAUCUGGAUUAAUUAUGAUCACUCCUGCCUUUGAAUUAAGCCAAGAUCCGAAUUUCCUCACUAUCACAAUUCAUGUCCCGUAUGCAAAGGUUAAUGAAGUUGACCUGUAUAUCGAUGGAGUGGACUUCAAAUUUUAUGCCAAACCAUAUUUCUUAAGAUUGACUCUUCCGGGAAAGAUAGUGGAGGAUGGUAGAGAGACAGCUUCAUACAAUGCUGAUGCAGGAAUUUUUACAAUAAAGGUUCCGAAAGAGACCUCUGAAGAAUACUUUGAGGGGUUGGAUAUGCUGACUACGCUUCUGGCACCAAAAGGUUCAAAAUCUGCAAAGCCACUACUGGAAGAGAUAGGACACUCUGUUGACCCUGAAGAGGAGGAAGAUCUGCAAGAUUUUGACUGGGAAAUUGAACAAACUCCCUAUGAGGAAUGGGAAGGAAAUAUUGUAAACCCGAGCUAUUUCUAUGGCUUUGGAAACCUGAGAACUGGAGUCUUCAGGAGACUGCAGCAUGAACUCAGUGACGUGAUUGACCUGAAGGAACCAGACAGUGCCACAUUAGUUGAACGUCGGCAGAAGCGCUUAGCUGCUGAAGAUGCCAAGUUUGAUUCUGACCAUUAUCUUGCUGACUUGUUCGAGGAUGAUGCCAUUCAGGACUUGCUGAAGUAUAAACCUUGGUGGGCAAGUGUGCAGAACAGAAAAGAAGCAAAAAAAGGCCAGAGUGAACAAUAUUUGAUGGAGCCAGGAAGUCGAUUUGUUGAAUUUUCUGAAGAUGAAAAGGAACAGUUACGAAACUUCACCAACAAGAAUUACCUGCUGGAUAAAAGGUCAUGCCAGAAUGUUUACUUUGGCCUGCUUGACAUUAUCCUUGCAUAUGCCUAUGAAGUCCGCAUCACUGAAGGAGAAGCUAAUACUGAAUCCUCGUGGAACAUCCGGAAACUGAGCGGGACUUUAUGUUGGUUUGAAACUUACCAUUCUCUUCAAGAAGUUCUUGUGUCUUUCUGCAGAAGAGUGUUGUGUUAUCCCUUUUAUAGACAUUUCCAUUUAGCUCUGAAAGUCAUUGAGGAUGGAGUCUUAAUACUUCAGCUGGGUAAGUCUGCUGUUCUGAAGUCCCUUCUGGACAUCCAUAAGAUCUUCAGAGACAGUGACCCUGCAUACCUCUUGAAUGACCUCUAUAUCACAGACUAUUGCAUUUGGAUCCAGAAAGUGAAGUCAAAGAAGCUUACAUCCUUGGCUGAGUCACUGCAGAAUAUAAAAGUCACAAAGGAUAAUUUAGGCUUUGAACUUGAAGAAUUGGAGAAAGCAGCGCUAUUAGUUCAAGAGGAAGAAAAUGAAAUACGAUCAGGGCAGAGUGGACUCCAGUCGCUCCCCUCAGAAAGCGAGACUGAGGAAGAUAGUGACUCUGAGGAAUCCAGUAGCUCAUCCAGUGAUACUAGAGAGUCUGAUUCAUGUGAAGGCGAUUUGUCUAACUGUAGCAUUUCUGAGGAAAUGGAUAGAAAAGGAUUGUGCCAUGCAGCAGAGGCUGACUGUGUUGCUGAGUUCCAAGCUGAAGAGGAUAUGAUCAAAUUGAACUGUGGUGAUAAAACUGUGCAUAUGGAUGCCAUAGGAUAUCCAGUUAACUGCCCAUUGGGAGAGACUUCCACUGGUAAAGCACCUCCAAGAAGAUUGAUAGAGGAGGUUGCAGAUCAGUUACAGUCAAUGGGGUUUUCGGACUGCUGUGAAAAAUCUGCUGCUGAGAAUUCAGAGCACACACCAACAAGCCUGCCUCUUCAGAGUUUGGCACAGUAUCAGCAUUCACAGACGACCUCACAGCAGACUUUCUUAGAGGUGUCUCCUAAGAGGAAUUGCCUGCUGCUUGUUGCAGAUCCUGAUAACACGGAGGAUUUUAUAAACCUGGCAUGAGUCCAGCUUGCAUGCGAGAAAAGAACAAGCUGAUUUAUGAGCAAGUGGUUGACGCUGGUUGACUUACUGAAUCACUUCAGAAGUGAAAAUUUGCUCUUGAAUUCUUUGGAUUUUUUUGCACAAUAUCCAGUAUAACUGUACAUAACUAUAUUACUUAUGUCUUCAAAAUAAUAGAUAUCAUUAUUGCCUUCAUUCUGCAUUAUGUCUUGAUGUUAAACCAUCGCACUAUAAGUUUAACCAGUGUUAGUCGAUCUAUAACACAGUUGAGAAUUGGUUUCGAUCAUGUCAGUCCUUAUUAUCUAGCCUGUGUUUCUUUUAUAGUUUUUUUUAAUCUAACAAGCUUUCAUCAUAACAGCAGUAUCACUUAAUAUGCACAUGGAAGACCUGUAGGCAACAUGUCCUUCAUAUUCAAGAAUGGCGCUGUGGGCUGAUAGAAUUUGGGUUUGAAUCAACAGAUUCGCUGUUUGCUAAGAAACACAUCCCACGUAGGAUAUUGCCUGUGAGUCCUGAUUGCUGCCUCAUUAGCCAAGGAAUUGUACAUGGUGUGAGAGAAGGGAGGCUUACAUUAGGCAAGAUUUAAUUUUAAAAACAAAAAGCAAAGCACAAGUAAAAUGACAUACAGUUUACAAUUAAUGUGGAACUGCUGGGCUGGAGCUGAACAGUCAAUCCAUUUGUAUUAAUCGUGUCACUCAAAUUCGAAUGUUGAGAAACGUGCGAUGCUCAUUAAAGUGAAUGUCAGAGCUGACUGGAUCCUGAAAAGCACUCAUUAUUGCGGAAGUUGUGAAAGAGAGGGAGAGGAGGCAGAUUUUAUCAUUGAGACCAUGUUAUAGAAUGGAAAUUCAUGCUUCAAAUUGACAGUAAAGUAGCGAGUUUUGAGAAGAUUUGUAGCUCAGGUUGAGGUUCUGGAUGUGAGUUUGCUCACUGAGCUGGAAGGUUAGUUUUCAGACGGUUCGUCACCAUUCUAGGUAACAUCAUCAGUGAGCCUCCGAUGAAGCGCUGGUGUUAUGCCCCGCUUUCUAUUUAUCUGUUUAGGUUUCCUUGGGUUGGUGAUUACAGUAAAAUAAUCUCAUUUACACACUGUUGGAAAGAUGUAGCAUUUAUCAACCACCUAACGAAUAUCCUAACUGCCUUUUAAUGAUUUAAACUAGCACUAAGAAAACCUGAGAUAACACGGUGUCAAGCUGGAUGAACACAGCAGGCCAAGCAGCAUC